AUGCCAAAAUAUAGAAAAAAGGUUGUACCCCCGCCAUUAGCAUUCUUGUAUCCUCCUUUUUCCAAACCUCUUGGCAAAGCACUGUUUAUCAGCUCAUCAGAUUUGCAUCCGGAUGUACGAACAGCCCCAGCGGAUGACAAGUGUGAUUGGAUUGAUCCAGACUUCAAACUUUCUGGACGACCGCUUCUUACUCACCGUAAACGAUCUGUAAAAAAUUCUCAUCCGAGCCGUUCUGCACCCGCUCUGGAAUUCGUUGUUUCUGAUGAGUCUUCUUCGAAAGAGGUCUCGUGUCCUCGCAACCUUCACGAACUUUUGGUGAAGGAGACACCGGAGAGUCGAAAGUGA